AUGUGUGUGUGUGCGUUUUUUGGUGUGUCCGUGUGCACCCCUUGUCUGCAAGAUCGUCAAGCUAGGUCAGUCGCGAUCUCCCGCCAGCAGACGCAGAUCGAAGAAUUCCAAAAAUGGUGGGCAUCUGGACAAGGGGAUGCUGCAGUGGCAUCGCAUCCGCUGCUAUCUUUGGUCGACGGCCCGAUUUUGGCAGCUGUCAUAUCUUCCGGAUCAGCAUAUCACAACUGCUUAGGCAUUGAGCAGCUGGACAAGUUGUUGGACCAGUUUGAAGGCUCCACACGAGAUGUGGGAGCCUUGGAGCCUUUGAAGAAGGCACUUCGCAGCAAGGGUGGAACACGGAACCAGGCGCGAGCAGUGGGCAGUUUAUUAUUUAGCACCGCGAUGAACAUGUUCGACGACAUGCUGGGAAAGCAUGGUGCCGCCGGAAGGGUUUCGAGCGUACUCGAAGAACCACGUGAUUCCAGCCUGGACCAAGCCAGCGUCGAUUGGGUCUUGGACGAAGUGUUCGACCCUCCGCAGCAGUUCAUCAGCUCACAGUCCUUCCCCCCUGAAGCCACGGCAGCUGUACGAAGCGGACCUAGACCGGACAGCGAGCUGCUCGGGUCUGUUGCCUGUGGUUCCGUUGUCUUGGCCACCGGCACCUGUGGGAAUUACAUCCAGUGCAACGUCGCCGAGACAUUGGGGAGAGGGAGGACCGGGUUGGGUUUCGUUCUUCGGCAACUUGAUGGGCUUCCCCUCUUCUCACCUGCCCCACCGACUCAACAGACAUUGGACGAAUAUUUUGAUCCGGUGAAGAUUUUCGUUUGUGCACCGUCCUUUCCGAAGACAUCGUCAGCUGCAGUGCGGACCGCGCCGACACCAGACAGCGAGUUAGUGACUACACUGCCGUUCGGGUCGGAAGUGCAGGCCACAGCCAGGGCCGGAUCAUACCUGCAAAUCCGGCUGACAGAUUCUGCUGCAGCAGGGGGCGGAUCAGCCGAUUUCAGCAGUGGUGGGCAGAUGGUCAUGGGGAUGCAGACGUGGUGUCGGCUGGUGCGAACUAUCAUACUUGUCUCAGCGCAGACCGGCUAG